AUAAUAAUGUGCAUACCUUUUUAAUCGAUUCCACCACCUACUUAAGGGACAAAAAGAGCAGUUUAGAUGUUAUAAUUGUUAGGUGUAAGUUAAUUUGUAGUUGGGUUGAUAAAAUUGUUUGUUUUGCAAUAAUUUUCAGGAUUCUAUGAUUUUUUUACUUUAUUCAUACUAUAUAUGGCAUGGGCUUAAUUGAAUUAUUGUAAUUGUGUGAUUGCUGUGUUUUACUUUUUAUAAAAUGUAUUGAAAUUUAAUAUAGAUAGUUAUUGAUGAUAUUUAUAUUUUUUGGAAUGAAUGUUGAAUUAGAUAUCGAGUUUUUUAGUCCUACAAGAUUUGGAGUGACAUAUUUUAUUUUCUUUUUUUAUUAUCUUGGAGCAUGUUAUGUAGCAUUUUUAGCUUACAGAGAAUUCAAGGUAUUAUAAUAUGAUCAAAUGGGAGGAUUAAUAUAAACAAAUCAAUAGAAUGAUUGGGCAUAAAACAAUAAUGAAUAAUAGUAUAAUUAAUAAUAAGCAUACUACAAUUAGCCAGCAUAAGCUUAACCUUAAUAAUAAGCAUAAAGAGGAGGAUAAUUUUAAGCCUUUCAAGGGAGAGGAGUAUAAAUAGGAUGA